AAAUAAAAAAAAAUUAUGAAAAACAGCUAAUAUACUUAACGAUUUUUGGGGUCAAGUAUUAAGGAAUUACGAGAUCCAGGAACGGAAUUUUCCGAUAUUAAAUAAUAUAGAUCUAGACAAAAAUUUUGAAGAUGGCGAACUUGGGAACUAAUAUAUCAGAGGUGUACGAAGAUGGCAUCGACCUGAAAGUCUUGUACCCAGGGGAAUCAGAGACUGUGUUGAAGAAAGUGCCCAUCACAGAUAGGGACGGGGUUGAUAUCACCGUGUUCAAGGUGAAAAGUUUUCUCCUGGCUAUCAGAAGUCUACGAAACCCCGAGGCCCACCGUCUGUUCUGGAUCCAGGGCAAGGAGAGGACGGAGCUGGACGACAGCUGCUUGAUGACGUCAUACCUGCAAGGGGAGGAUGGCACCCUGGAACUUUACAGAAUACCUGAAUAAUUUUUAAUAAUUACCUCUUUAAUUAACUCACAUUUGGUUUAUUUUUACAUGGAACAAAGAAAUUUGUUUAUCGAAGUUUUGUCUAGUUUUUUUUUUUUUUUUUUUUUUUUGUGUUUGGAUAAAAUUGUCUCACAACUGUCUAGUUUUUGUUGAUUACAUAUCAAAUAGCUAUAUUUUGUAAUAUUUUAAAGUGAAUACAAGUCUAAUAUUUUUUUAAUAAAUAAGUUUUUCAAUCCUGUAAUCGAUUACCAGAUAAAAAUCUAAUCGAAUA